CAUCAUCAUCAUCACUAUUUCAGAUCACUCUCCUGCCUGCUGUUGCUGUUAUUAACGUUAGAAAUGCUAACGCAGUAUUUAAACGUGUUCGUUUGAUUAUUUAUUUAAUUUAUUUUUUUGUCGGCCGAAGUCUGGCUCGUCUGUCUGGAAUCCUUUUAAAGGCGCCGCGUCGCCGUCUGCCGCUGCAGAAGAGCUCAGAUGGGAAGAACAUUUCCGAAAAAUGGUCCUCAAACUUCAGGGCCUGGAGAAAGUGGCGGGACACACGGCCGUCAGCUCGGUCACAGGCUGUACCUUUGAAGGCUGCAGUGUCAACUAAAACGAUGCAGUCCCUGCCCAUGGAAGUGGGAAGCAGCAGCAGCAGCUCAGCUCCCAGGGACACAUCGGGCUCGGUGGUGCAGGUGUGCUUCCCCAGCGCUCAGGCCUUGGUGCUGGAAAGUCUGAACCGGCAGAGAGAAGAAGGCAGGCUCUGUGACCUCUCCAUCCACGUCCAGGGACAAGUGUUCAAAGCCCACCGCUGCGUCCUGGCCGCCUCCUCACCCUACUUCCAUGACCAGGUACUACUGAAGAACAUGUCUACAGUCUCCAUCCCGGCGGUAAUGGACCCGCUGGCGUUUGAGAGCGUGCUGAGCUGCGCCUACACCGGUCAGCUCCAGAUGCUGCGCGAGGACAUCGUAAACUACCUCACAGUGGGCAGCGUCCUGCAGAUGUGGCACAUCGUGGACAAAUGCACCGAGCUGCUGAAGGAGGGCCGGGCCGGAGGAGGGAGCAGUGGAGGAGGCGGCGUGCAGGACGGAGCCAGUGUCGGAGGAGGUGGAGGGUCAGCUAACCUCGGGUGUAGCAGCAGCAAUGGUGACCGUGGUGCAAGUGGUGGUAAUGGAGCUGGUAGUGAUGGUGGUGGUGUUGGUGGUGGUCAAGCCCAGGUCGUAGGGUCCAACGAGCCCCAGCGUGCCUCCCAACCUCCCAGCCGCCCGUCAGCGAGUGAGAGCCAGUCUCCCAGCAGCACCAACUACUUCAGCCCCAGGGACGGGAGCAGUUUUGGGGGAAGCUGUGCAGCCACAGCUGGGGCUUCAGUGGACGGAGGAGGGGCUAGCAACACCCCCAGCUACUGCACCCCAUCGGGAGGAGAGGAAGCCUUCCUUAUUGAGGAAGAGGAGGAGGAAGUAGAGGAGGAAGAGGAGGAGGUGCUGUACCACCAAAGGAAGAGAGGAAGAGGAGGGGCCAGCGGGAGGAGGAAGAAAAUGAGCUCAGUGUCAGAGCAGGAAGUUGGGGUCAGCGACAGCUUCGGCGUGUCUUCCUAUCAGGAUGGGGAGCACUCCGCUUUGACGCCGCAGAAGCGUCCAACCUACAGCCAGCCCAGCAUAAUGCCUCGUAAACAGUGGGUGGUGGUGAAAACCGAACGCAUGGAGGAUGACGACCUCAUCGUAGUGUCCGGGGAGGAGGGAGGAGAAGACGAGGAGGACGAGGAUGACAGGGAGUUGGAGCUGGCCAGAGAGAGGGAGAGAAGCGACUUCAACAUCUCCAACGUUAGGAGCCUUUCAGCCGAGCUGGGGGGCAGAGCUGAGAACGACAUGGACUCACAGGUGGACUACUGCCAGUCUCCGGAAGACUACCUCAAGUUUGAAGGCAGUUUAAUGGACCAGACUUUAGCUCAGCACCUUCAUGACAGUGCAGCAGGUCAGAGCCAGAGCGCUAACCGUGCUGUUUCAGCGCUACUGGGCCAGGUUCAGUCUGCAGCCACAGCCCGGGCCCAGCUCUUCCCCCUGGACAUGCAGGGGAACCAGAUCCUCCUCUACAGCCAGGCCUCUGGACUCUCUCUGGAUGCUGCCGCCCCUCCCCUGGGGAUGGCAGGUGGUAUGAUCGGAGGACCCUCUUUCAAAGGUCCCAGUCUGGAGCACGGUGCGGUCCACCUGUCGGUGCAGGGCGGUUUGGGAGUUGACGGCAUGGACAGCGGGGGGAUUGGAGGUGGCAGUGGCGGCAGUAACAGCAGCACGGGGGGCUCAGGGAAAGUGUUUAUGUGCCACUGUGGUAAGACCUUCACCCACAAGAGCAUGAGGGACCGCCACAUUAACAUGCACCUGGACCUGAGGCCCUUCCACUGCCCCGUCUGUGCCAAGAAGUUCAAGAUGAAGCAUCACCUCACAGAGCAUAUGAAGACGCACACAGGCCUCAAGCCGUACGACUGCCUUGGCUGCGGCAAGAAGUUCAUGUGGCGCGACAGCUUCAUGAGGCAUCGCUCACACUGCGAGAGGCGCGGCGGGCUGGGAGACAGCGGCGAAGGCGGGAGCAGCGGUGAGGGAGGGAGAAGAGGAGGAGGUGGAGCUGAGGAUGGGCCAGAUUUGGUUUCCUCCCCCCACCUCCUCCUGUCGGCAGGUGAGGGCGGACAUGGUGGUAUUCUGGGAGGAGGAGGGGGGAGAGGAGGAGUGUCUGUUUCUUCUCCACAUAUUUCCAGCGCUGUUCUGUCGCCGCAGCACGCCGGCGUCUCAGCCACAGGAAGUAGCAGCAGUAACAACAGUGUGAGUAACGGCAGCAGUGCUGCUCUGAGCAACAACAUGGCCGCCGCGGGGGCACUUCUAGGGGUCGUCUCUCAGAGUCCGGGUCAGGGUCAGGGAUCAGGGAUGUUUGGUGGUCUAGGGUUGAGUCGAAGUGUGUGUGAUGGAGACGUGUGUGAAGUCGGUGCCAAUGAUAGUAGCGUGACUUAAACCAAAAUUGUGCGUUAUGUCCAACGGGUGCCUCUUUCUGAGCAAAUGGUCAUGCUUCUUGUUCCCGCUGUUGUUUUUACAAUAUUGUAAACUUGGAAGAAGCGCAGUGCUCUUCUGAAACACUUUCAACUGCCAACACUCAAGCAGGAAGUGCGUACUUUGUCAAGAUUGGGGGAAAAACGCGAGGCUCCCGUUGGACACACAACCUGAAGAACCUGUAAGUGUUUAUAAAAAAAUGGGACUCUGAGAUUCCAGUCGACUGUUGUGCCGUGAAGUUUCUGAAAUAGACUUGUGGUCGUGCUGAUGCCAUCUUAAAUUAUCCUCAAUUCUCAUACCACAAAGACUUUAGGAAACUUGCCUCCGAAAAGUGGCCUCAUUAAAAAUGGACCUUUUGUCUCAGUGAGUAAGCUAUUGUUUUAAAUAUCCGAGAUAUUAUUAAAGUUUAUUUUUUUGGUUUUGUGGAAGAAUGCUGUGCGUGUUGAGAGGAAACCAAAAAUGAAAAGACAGUGCUUCACUAACUGUUACCUUCUGUGGCAACGUUAUAGUAUCAGUAGAGUAGAAAAAUGGCUGUUCUAAAUUGCUGUGAUUUUCUGCAGUAUUGUAUAGUAAUGUAUCAGUCAUAUGAUUUAAAUAAUAAAAAAACACAAAUCUGCAAGAGAAAAACUUACUCAGCACAUAAUUCAUAAUUCAACUAAGAAAAAACAAGCUGAAGUUGCAGAUUUGUGUUUUUUCCCUUACAGCAGCGGUGGUGCAUCUUUUCCUCAGUGUCCCACGUAACAGACAAGUGUCAGCACUGCCGUGUUGUUUUAGAAGAUACUACGGUGCUGCUUUGCUUGAAGCCCAUCCUGGAUUACAGUAAAAGGCACAAUCAUUUAUCCUCAUCACAAGGGAACCUCGAUAGAUCCCCGACAUGAGCACAGGGAGGGAUAUUUACCAGACAGGAACAAUUUUGUUAUUUGGCUGCUUAUUUACCAACCUGUACAGCCGGUGAGCUCGAGCCUCAUUCAGACUAGUUUUUUAAAAUUUAAUGUUUGAUUGUUGAAGUAGCAAAAUUGUCGAUGUCUUUUCCAAUAUGGUCCAGCCCUACACUAACAUAAACACUACUGAGAAGCUCAAAACGCCCCCUCUGGAGCUUUAAAAGCCGGAGGCGAUGAAUCUGCUCAGCAGUAGAAGCCCCUGUUGCUUUCAGUUUUACUGCUGUUACCUGCUUUCACUUUCUUGUUGUUCAAGAGUUCUCGUGCUUUGAGAAGUAUAUUGUUACUAUAAAUAUAUAGAAAUAUAUGUUGUUUACUCAUCAGACCUGGUUCAAAUACUAACUAAUACUGAUGCGUUUGCUGCCGUCUGGUCUGCUUUGGAAGGAGUUAAUCAGUUGUAGAGAACGUUUUUGAAAGUGUUCUGCACUGCGUUCCCCCAAAAACAGUGCGUCUCUUUGCAAAUGUUCAAUUCGAUAAAGAGUAUUAAAACCCCGCAACAGUAGAUGGUGGUCUUAUCUAAGCUAUACAGUGUAUAGUGUGUUUACAAGCGUACCUCCUCCGAAUGGUUGACAAAGUAGAUUUUAAUCAAGUUAUGGACCCAAAUGAAAUGAAAACCUCCUUUUUCAGCAGCUGUUGUGCACACAGGGAAGUCAAACAUUUGUUUUAUUCUUUUUACAUUACAAAAUGUUGUUAUGAGGACUGCUACACAUUUCAUUUUUAUCUUUGUGUGGAAUUCUUUGUCUUUGGAUUACCAUAUUUUCCACUGGUGGAUUUUCUUCCUGCAAUCAUUUUAAAAGCAUCGUCGAGUCGUACAGGUCCUGACCUCCCAAAAGUUUGUAAAAUGCUGAGAAACAUUUUGUCUCUUUAUUGACAUUAGAGGUAAUCAGUGUUUCCAUCGUUGUUCGUAUGUAUCAGUAGCAGUUUUGGUCUUGGUCUCACAUCUGUUCCUGUGUUUGUUCCUGGAUGUGAAUGUGGUAACAGUCCAGGUACUUUGUUAUGAAGAAAGCACUAGUUUAAAACAUAAGCUAAAGAUUGGUUUGGUUCAAAUACAAGUUUUCUGAAGUCCAGAUUGAUAGAUAAAUAUUUCAGAGUAAAGGUCAGCAAUAUUUUGAUUUCACUUUUUGGAAGAAAACCUUUACUCUUUUUUAUUAAUGUCAAACAUCCUGAAUAUUGUAUUUCCUUUUUUGAUUUUCAAAAUGUUGAGUAACAGUGGUAGUUACUGUAAAACUACUAAUUGAUAAGUUGAUAGACAAAAAUAUUAUUCAGUGACAAUUUUGAUACUCAAAAAAAGUGUCAGAUAAAAAUACAAAACAGUUUGUGGUUAAAGCGGUUGAUUUGCAUUCUUCUCUAUAUUCAGAUUGUUGUAAAAAAAAAAAAAAAAAAGUCUGUUCAGAGGAAAUAAUGAUCUAAGGAAAUAAGAUGUCCACUUUAAAGGUGUCACUUUUGGUUCUAGUAACUUGCAAAGGACACCGGUCAUAAUUUUAGACAUGUUAUAAAUAAUUAAUCUGAUUAAUCUGAUAUUAUUUUAUUAUAGAAACCCUAGUAAUAGUAACCAUGUUUUUCCCACUGCUGAAUACAUAUUUGGGGAACGGCUGCAUUGCAGAUAAUAUUAGCUACUUGUGGGAUCUCAGGACUUGAAGUUCAUCGUUGUUCACUCACAAUAAAAGCAAAAAUGAACUUGCUCUCAAGAUGCCGAACUGAAACACAGGACGAUUUGUUUACUUUGAGCCUCAAAGAAAUGUAACCUCACAGUUUCUCUUUCUCAGUUCUCCACUGUUUACUGUUCUCUUCUGGACCCUGCUGUGUUUAAAACACACUAUUAGUUCUGUGCUUUAUCUGUACUGGGACUGUUGCAGUUACAGAGUAUUAUCAGUACUGUGUGAAGCAUUUAGGGACCAUACUGAACAUUUACCGGUACAACUACUGAUAAGACACACUGACAGGGGUAUUACGCUGCAGAUAAUGCACAGUAUAAAUACUUUCUGCCUUUGUGUUUCCAUUAAAACACUGAGUUGGGUAUGUUUGUAAAGGAGGUUGUAUUUGUCACCAUGCCAACAUUUUUGAAGGCAUUGCCAAAUAGGUUCAGGUGCCUUACCAGCACAUUGACUUACUCGUUCAACACUAAUUAUUUCUGUUUCUAAUAAUUUUAUCUUACAAUGGAAACAAAAUAUGUAGUAGUUACAUGAUUUAAAACAAAUGUGUGUGUGUGUAUAUAUAUAUAUAUAUAUAUAUAUAAACACAUUGUUUGUGUUGUAAAGUAUAUUUAUAUCAUGGAGUUCAUUAGUACCUUGUAUUGGGACACCUUAAACAUAGUUAUUAGUGCACAAAAUAUAUUAAACAGGAGGUAACCAUAGCAACAAUACUGAUGCUUUAUGCUACAUCACCAGAUAACUCACUGGUGAAACUAAAAAAUACGGAAGACGAUUUAAACAGAGCUCACCUUGUCUUCUUUUUGCCACAAUACAAGCAUUAUAAUACAUUCCAAUAUGUCCUCCUAUAGAAAGUUAAAGAGAGGAAACACUUUGUUGACCGCCACCUCGUUUGUUAUUUUAAAUUGUCAAAUCACUUAAUAGAGCACUACAUUAUGCACCUGUAGGACAGGAAAUUAAUAGUAGGAGUUUAGACUGCGGGGUUGUUUUGCAUCAGGACACCACAUCCUACGAUAUUGUUUACUUAAAUAGUUUUGAUUAUAUCAUUAGUUUUAAAAAUGUGCUGUGUGUCUCAUUCAGAUGUAACCUAAAUGUAAAAAAUGGCCCAUUUUAAAAGAAAAACUUUGUAAUUCCUAAAACAAUACGGUGCAAUUCAAGGAGAUGGUUUUCUAUGAGAGAAAAGGGUCAUUAUUUGUGAUAAAAUUAAUCAAGCAGCCUUUAAUCUAAUGUUUCUUUAAUCAGUAUUCACUUUCAAAGGUGUGUGUCCCCCGUGGCCACAGGUGUGAUUAAGAGAUUAUGAUCAUGUAAACGUGUGGCAAUGUGAUAACCAUGUGUGUUUAUGAAUAUAUGUAGCUGUAUUUUUGUUUCACUCCUAUGUCUAACAUACUUCAACCAAAUCAAACUGUGUAGAAAACAUACUUCAGUGUGCCAGUGUAGCUACAGGACAGUGUUGGCGGAAAUAUUACACAUGACCUCUUAAACAUUUUGCAUGCCUUCAGAGAUGUUUUACAUUUCCAGUUACGUAGAGCGAAGAGAUGGAGGAUCUGAAUGUUUUACCUUCCGUGAAGGCUGGGUUUGGAUAUUUUUAUAUGCAGGUUUGGAGCUUGGGUUAAGUGAAAGGACUGUUGGCUUUUGUAUGUGUUCGGUGAUCCGUGAAGUGAAGUGUGACCUCCAGUGUUUCCUCUACGGCUCUGCUUCAGUUGUGUUUGUGGGUAAUUUUGGUUUCACAUUUGUUCCUGUUUGUUUACUCCACUGCUGAACAGCUACAGAGAAAACACCGGAUGAUUGUAAGAGAGAAAUGUGGUGUGAAAUGGUGAUCUAAUGCUUUCCUUAAGUGUGGAGUUAAACACAUUUGAACACUCUAAAGCGUUUAAACAUGCAUAUAGAUAACUUUCACUGACAGUGAAUGUAGUGAACCAGAUGAGCACAUUUAUCGUAUGUUUAUAUUCCUCAGCAAACACAACACAUGAAGAGACAGAGGUGUUUUGUGUGCAGAGAAGGCUCAAUCAGAAAUAUGUGUACUCUUAGUCUCUAUUUGUGAAACAAGUCUUACUGAUUUCUAAGCAAAGGAAGACAGAUCUCUACUUUUCACAUCCAGUGAUUGAAGAUGAUAGUUUCUCCUCUAGUCAGUAACCUCCCUGAUGAUAGAUUCUGUAAUGCUCAGAUUUAAGUCAAAGACCAGCAGUUUAUAUCUGAGUUACAGUGCAGUUGUGAUGUGCAAAUGUGCACUGCAAGACAUUUACAAUUUGUGACAGUUAAAAUCCCUCAGAUAAUCAAUAAAACCUGAACAGCAUGUGGUCUGUACAGUGUUAGUCUUAUGGAAAAAAAUACAAAACUGUUUAAAAAGGCUGUUAAAAUUUGAUCGUUAUAUCCAUCGUUAUACUCCACGUCUCUAAAUUUAGUAUAGUACUUUCAAAUUGUAAAAUGUCCUGAAUCAGGAAGUGUAUCCUAAAAUACUGAAAUGAUGACAAAAACAUUAAUAAAAUAGACCCCAGACCAAACAGAGUUAAUGGUUUUAAUUUGUUUAAGGGCCCCCUGGUGGCUGAGGGGCCCUAAGCACCCUGUUAUUUCACAAUGCCUUUUGGUGUCCUAAAUAAUGGAUUAACACAAUGGGUGUGUAGUCUAUAGUCUUGUCUCCAGCAGCUUCAUCUGCUGCUGCACCAACACACUGAACAGUUUCUGAUGUACAACAGACAAUUAAAAACUCUAAACCACCACCACACGUUUUCUCUUGCACCACCUCUUAUUUGAAUGAGUGAUAGAAGAGCUGAAGAUUCCUUUAUCAAGAGAAAGUAAAGAUGGAAGGAUCGCUGUAGAGCGCUCAAAGUUGCUGCUGAAAACUAGACUGAGGUAUUUUUUAUUAUUUUUGUACAUUCCACAAACUGUGUUACACAACUUCAUACAUGUCUUCUGAUUGACCAGUUGAUUGUUGAACAGAAAAUGACAGUUGUCAAUAGACAUUUUUAUGUAAAUCCUGAGUGGUACUAAUAAUGUAAUAAACUACAGUACAUAAAUAUUCACCUCUGCCCUGUAUCAAAAUAAUGGAUUAAUAAAUGAUUUGGUGCGAACAAUG